AUGAGAAAUCGCACAUCAGUAACAACAUUCGUCUUGCUGGGACUCACAGAUGACCCCCAGCUGCAGGUGCUGGUGUUUGUCUUCUUACUUCUGACAUACAUGUUAAGCAUAACUGGAAACCUGACAAUCAUCAUUCUUACCCUAGUAGAUCCCCAGCUUAAGACACCUAUGUAUUUUUUUCUGCGAAAUUUCUCCUUCUUAGAAAUUUCAUUCACCACAGCCUGUGUCCCCAGAUACCUGUAUAUUUUAUCAACUGGAGAUAAUACCAUCACUUAUAGUGCCUGUGUCAGCCAAGUAUUUUUUAUUGUAGUUCUUGGGGCCACAGAAUUUUUUCUCCUGGCCGCCAUGUCCUAUGACCGCUACGUGGCCAUCUGCAAGCCCCUGCACUAUGUGACCAUCAUGAACACCAGAGUCUGCACGACCCUCGUUAUCUGCUGUUGCCUUUCUGCAUUGAUAAUUGUCCUCACACCCCUGGGCAUGGGCCUCCAGCUAGAAUUUUGUGACUCCAACGCCCUCGAUCAUUUUAUCUGUGAUGCUUCUCCUCUUUUUAAAAUUUCGUGCUCAGAUACCUGGUCCAUAGAGCAGGUGGUGGUAUUCUGUGCAGUGUUGAUAUUCAUCGUCACACUGAUAGCUGUUGCUAUUUCCUACAUAUACAUCAUCAGGACCAUUCUAGGGUUCCCUUCUGCUUCACAAAGAAAGAAAGCUUUUUCCACCUGCUCUUCUCACAUGAUUGUUGUUUCCAUCACCUACGGCAGCUGUAUUUUCAUCUACAUCAAGCCUUCAGCCAAAGAGCAGGUCGAAAUUAACAAAGGAGUGUCGGUACUCACAACCUCUGUUGCUCCUCUGUUGAACCCCUUCAUUUACACCUUGAGGAACAAGCAAGUAAAACAAGCUUUCAGUGACACAAUUAAAAAAAUUGCAUUUGUUUUAAAGAAGUAA